CAGAUCCGCAGCGUUCAUUCGCUUCCUCUUUUCUCUUUCCGGGUCCAGCGAGAGCUCCCAGAGGGGUGGUAGAUCUAAAGAUCCCCAAGCCACUCCCAUGGAGGUCGAGAAGAGGAACCCGGGAGCCGUGGAGGAGGAGGAGGCCAUCAUGGCCUCCGGUCUCCUUCCCCUCGCCGGCGCUUCUCAGCAACCUUACGUCUCCGAACUCCUCUCCUUCACCCUCGAUCGCCUCCACAAGGAGCCGGAGCUCCUCCGUGUGGAUGCCGAGCGAAUUCGGAGGCAAAUGCAAGAAGUGGCCGUCGGUAAUUACCGGGGCUUCAUCGCCGCGGCUGAUUCCCUCUCCUUCAUCCGGGGGCAGCUCACCGACUUCGACAAGCAUCUCGAGUCCCUGAUAAUGGAGAUUCCAAAUCUUACAUCUGGUUGUACUGAAUUUAUUGAAUCUGCACAGCAAAUUUUGGAGGAGAGAAAGCUUAAUCAGACAUUACUUGCCAAUCACAGUACUUUGCUUGACCUGCUUGAAAUUCCACAGCUAAUGGACACAUGUAUUAGGAAUGGUAAUUAUGAUGAGGCCCUUGAUUUAGAAGCUUUUGUUCAAAAACUGUCAAAUAUGCAUGCUGAGUUACCUGUCAUUCAGGCACUAGCUAUAGGAGUCAGGAAGACAACGCAAUCUCUACUUUCUCAGCUUCUUCAGAAACUUCGAUCUAAUAUUCAGCUGCCUGAGUGUCUACGUAUUGUUGCACAUUUGCGGCGUAUGGGAGUAUUCAGUGAAUCUGAAUUGCGUUUACAGUUCUUAAGAUGCAGAGAGGCGUGGCUUUCAGGCAUUCUUGACGACUUGGACCGGAGGAAUGUUUAUGAAUAUUUGAAAGGAAUGGUAAAUUGCCACAGGAUGAAUCUGUUUGAUGUUGUUAAUCAAUACAGAGCAAUAUUCAACAAUGAUAAAUCUGGGAGCGAGGAGAAUUAUGAUGGUGGACUUCUUUUUAGUUGGGCUAUGCAUCAAAUUAAAAAUCACCUUUGCACUCUGGAGGUUAUGCUUCCCAAGAUCACUGAUGGUGGAUCACUGUCAAAUAUACUUGAUCAGUGCAUGUAUUGUGCGAUGGGUCUUGGCUUGGUUGGAUUGGAUUUUCGAGGCUUGCUUCCACUACUUUUUGAAGAUGCAGUUGUUAACUUAUUCUCAAAGAAUAUGAACAUAGCAGUUGAAAAUUUUCAGAUUGUCCUAGAUUCACAUCGCUGGGUUCCCUUGCCAUCUGUUGGCUUUGCAACCAAUGGAGUGAUUAAUGAAAGCCAUGAUGAUGUGACUCCACCUUCUGUUCUAAUGGAGCAUCCUCCUAUUGCUGUGUUUGUUAAUGGUAUUUCAGCAGCUAUGAAUGAAUUACGGCCUUGUGCCCCGUUGAGUCUAAAGCAUGUUCUGGCUCAGGAGGUUGUCAAGGGACUACAGGCUGUUUCUGACUCUCUAGUUAGAUAUAAUGCUAUUCGGGUGCUCCGUGGGAAUGAAUCUACUCUUUUCCGUUCACUCUGUCAAGCAUUCAUCGAGGUUGCCUAUCCUUAUUGUGCAACUUGCUUCGGUCGCUGCUAUCCUAAUGGAGCAACCUUGAUCAUAGAAUGUAGGAGUAUGUUUGAUGGCGUCAGCCAACUGUUGACGACCUCCCCUGUUAAAGCACUUAAAAACUCUGUAGAUAAUGCAGAAGUGAAGCAAACAACUGAAAAUGGUGGUGCUUUGGUGGUUGAAAAUGGAAGUCCAGCCGAUGGGCAAGACUCUACUGUUGCUAAUACAGAUCAAAAUGACACAGGGCCAGUGCAGGCAGAAACGCAAAGCAGUGUAUAGUUGCUCCUGCUUGAUCUGCUAAUAUCUGCAUAGAGCUGUAUGAGUUUUCGAUCAUGUUCUUCUGCCUGUGUUUCCCUUUGCAUUGGAUUUCUUCAAAGCGGAUUGAGCUAUACUAUCAGAGAUUAAUGUGGCUUUUUCGCUGAAGUCAGCAUGAUAGAUAUCGACAGGGUGAGUGCUAUCUAGUCAGGUCAGCAUUAUGAUUCUGUCCUUCAGAGUUUGAUUAUCGAUGCACUGCUUCCACAGACUCGCCAUCACAUUAGUCAUGGAUUAUACAGGCUUCUUUUUUGGUUAUCAAUUAGUUAUUUAUUCAGAUAUAAUUGCUAGCUUUGUAUGGCAUACUCAAGCAGUGCAUUGUGAUCUUAUUUGAUAGCAAUGUAUAAUUUCCGAAUGACACAUCAAAUGAAAUUCCAAGUGCAUCAUCAAAGAAGUUCUCUGUUGAUUUUUUGAUUA